GAGUGAAAGACUGCAUUUCCUAGAGUGCAUUGGAAAGCUUGGCGCAGGCGUGGGAGGUGGGUCCAGUGCGGCCCUUUGCUUUGGCGAGGAGAAAGGCAGGGUUGAGCGGAAAGUGGAGGGUUGUUGGUCAGCGGGAGUUGUGGGUUGUGUUGUCAGUCGGUAACGGGCAUCUCCGGGAUGUGGUCUGCAGGUUACAGGUUUGCAAGGCGAGUACACAGAUGUCUAUGUUGUUUCAACAUACUACAGAGGGGAUCUCUUCUGUCCUUGGUGCAUGUGGAAAGAUAUGUUUCCUCCUCUUCAGUUUCCCGUAUCACAACACACUACACAGUCCAUCCACGGGAUAAAGAUCCACGAUGGAAAGGGGUCAACAUGGAGCGAUUUGCUGAUGAAGCUGAUGUAGUGAUAGUUGGUGGAGGUCCUGCUGGCCUAUCUGCAGCAAUACACCUUAAACAGCUGGCCGACAAACAUGACAAGGAAAUAAGAGUGUGUUUGGUGGAGAAAGCUGCACAGAUUGGUGGACAUAUCCUUUCAGGGGCAUGUCUAGAUCCAAAAGCUCUGGAGGAGUUGUUCCCUGAUUGGAGGGACAGAGGGGCUCCGCUGAAUACUGCAGUAAAGGAAGAUGUAUUUGGUAUUUUAACGGAGAAAUACCGAAUUCCUGUUCCAUUGCUACCAGGUCUUCCCAUGAGAAAUCAUGGAAAUUAUAUUGUCCGUUUGGGUCACGUGGUGAGAUGGUUAGGUGAGCAGGCAGAAGAACUUGGUGUGGAAUUGUAUCCAGGGUAUGCAGCUUCUGAGCUAUUAUUCCAUGAAGAUGGGAGCAUUAAAGGAAUUUCGACCAAUGAUGUGGGUAUUCAUAAAGAUGGCUCACCAAAGGACACAUUUGAAAGAGGAAUGGAACUUCAUGCUAAGGUGACAAUAUUUGGUGAGGGUUGCCAUGGACACCUUGCUAAGCAGUUGUAUAAACAUUUCAAGCUAAGAGAGAACUGUGAACCACAGACUUAUGGUAUAGGUUUGAAAGAGCUUUGGGUUAUUGAUGAAAAGAAGUGGAGACCUGGCAGAGUGGAGCAUAGUGUGGGGUGGCCCCUGGACAGACAUACAUAUGGUGGAUCAUUCCUUUAUCAUUUAAAUGAAGGGGAACCGUUGGUGGCUUUGGGCUUUGUGGUAGGUUUAGAUUAUCAAAAUCCAUACCUGAAUCCAUUUAAAGAAUUCCAAAGGUGGAAACAUCAUCCUUCAGUAGCACUGACUCUAGAGGGAGGUAAAAGGAUUGCCUAUGGAGCUCGUGCCUUAAAUGAGGGUGGUUUUCAGUCUGUACCUAGACUCUCCUUCCCUGGAGGACUGCUAAUUGGCUGCAGUCCAGGAUUGAUGAAUGUCCCAAAAAUUAAAGGAACACAUACUGCUAUGAAGAGUGGCAUGGUUGCUGCAGAUGCUGUCUUUAAGAAAUUAUUUGAAGAUGAUCAUAAGCCUGUGACUCAAGGCCUUCAUGUACCAGAAUAUGAUGUGGACCUAAGAAACUCCUGGGUUUGGAAGGAACUUUAUUCUGUGAGGAAUAUCCGACCCUCUUGCCAUGGACCUUUGGGUGUUUAUGGAGGAAUGAUUUAUACUGGGAUAUUUUAUUGGAUCUUUCGAGGAUUGGAGCCUUGGACACUGAAACACAAAGGUGCAGAUUUUUCUCAAUUAAAGCCAGCCAAGGACUGCACACCCAUUGAAUACCCCAAGCCAGAUGGAAAAAUCAGCUUUGACCUUCUGUCCUCCGUGGCCCUUAGUGGUACCAAUCAUGAAGAUGAUCAGCCGGCACAUUUAACCCUAUUGGAUGACAGUAUACCGGUUAACAGGAACUUGGCUGAGUUCGAUGGACCGGAGCAAAGAUUCUGUCCUGCAGGUGUUUAUGAGUAUGUUCCUUUGGAAAGUGGUAACGGAAAGAGGUUGCAGAUUAAUGCUCAGAAUUGUGUUCACUGCAAGACUUGUGAUAUUAAGGAUCCCAGCCAGAAUAUCAACUGGGUGGUACCUGAAGGAGGUGGUGGCCCAGCUUAUAAUGGAAUGUAAACAAUCAACUGAUCCAACAGUAGCUACAGUAUUACAUUGUGGCAUAUUGUAUAUCAAUAGAAUUAUUAGGUCAGAACUCAAUUUUCAUAUUAAUUUUUCAAAUGUAAAUUUGAGGAAUUACAUUUUUCUAAUUAAUAUUAUAUGCCUCAUUCUGGUUUCACUGGACACUGCAUUUUUUCACUACUAUAUACAUUGGGAUCAAUUGUUAGCUCAGGAGAAAUAUCAGUCAAACAGAUACUUAAAUUGUGCCCAGUGUUUAUUCUUUAAUCUUGCUAGCUCAGUUGUGUCUUUGCCAGAAUCAUCUAAUGACAGUUACAUUUUAAACCUUUAAGUUAAUCCACCACCUUAAUUGUACAUUGAGUUAAUUUUUUAACUAAAUGUUGCAAAUUGAACUUAAUUUUAACAGUGUGUUGGCUGAAAUUGUUUUGUAUAAUUGUUGUCAAUUAGUGCCAUGGACUGCUGCUUAUUACUUGAGAAAUAAUUCUUACAAAUGAAGUGCUACCAUAAAACUACUUCCAACACUAAGUACAGACUAAUCAAGGAAAAACAGAAUAAAAAUUGUCUUGAAAACAGUUUCAUUGUGCCUUUAUCCAAAGUGCUAAUUUCAAAUAUGUACCAGAUUACAAAAUUAUCAAUACCUUUGAUAAGCAGAUUAUGUUAAUAUAUUGCAAGCAAUGAUUUUGUUUAGCAAAAGUAUUUUGAUUUAAAGUGUGAAGUAUUUAAUCCAAUGCAGAAAUCUUAUUGGUAGAAGUUGAGGAUAGUUAGACAUAUUUUAAGUAGCAAAUUUGGUAAGUACUCCUGUGUAAUGAUUAUAAUAGCAGUAUUUUGUGCUGACCACACAAUUCAAAUAAUUUGUUAAAUAUAUGAAGUUUUAUUGGAAUGUAAAUAUAAACUUGUAAAUAUUAAGUUUCUAUAAUAAAAUAAUUUGU